UGAGCAGCAGCCUAAUGAGCAUCUAUAGUGCAGACUUUGGCAACGUGGACGUGAAGGGCAACAUUCAGUUUGCUAUUGAUUACGUAGAACAGCUGAACGAGCUCCACAUUUUUAUUUGCCAGUGUAAAGACUUGGCAGUGGCAGACGUUAAGCGACAGCGUUCGGACCCUUAAAAGCAGAUUAUUUUACAAGAUGGAGCAAACGGCAUCCCCCACCUGGGCUGUAGGCAGCUGCCGCCAGAGCUCUCCAGGUUCUUUCCCGACAGGGGCUCCAUGGCUCCGGAUGAGAGACGGGCAGGGAUGGCCAACUCCAGAGCGAUCCAGAGACCGACGAAGACAUGGAAGAUCUGACAGAAGGGCUGAAGGAACUCUGCGAGAGCCCCGGAGAGGAGAAGAGUGAGAAGGCUCCGCUGCAUUCACGCCUAGAACGGCAGCACCAGCUUAUCUGUAGACUGAAGAAAAAAACAGACCGUGUGCGCAAACGCUGCCGAGACCUGGAGCAGCUCAACGUGGACCUGGAGAAACUGAGAACAGAAGAUGCUCUGAAAGAGAAAACCCAGACCCAACUGAUUCAGCAGUUGGAGGAACGCUUCAUGGAUCUGGCCAACGACCAUGAAAAACGGAUCCAGUCCAAGAAGGAACUCAGGAAAUGGCAUAUGCAGCUGUUGGAGGAGAAUAAGCGCCUGCAGCAGGAGAACAAAGUGCUCUUCAGCCAGACUGUGUGGGACAAGGAAGCUGAAGCGCUCCAGCUCCGUGCCCCGGCCAGAAAGCUCUCGCAGCAGUUAGAGUCCCUACAGGAGAAAUGUGCUUCCAUGAGCUGCAGAGCACAGGAGCGAGAAAAGGAGCUGCUGGAAGCUCAGAGCCAGCAAGCGAGUGCCUACGCCUGGGAAGUCAAAUCACUAAAAAACCAGCUGCAACACCUGCAGGAGAAGCACCAACACACUGUCGCACAGCGAGAGCACGCAGCGAGUCGGCGGCGGGCUGAGGACAGCGAGCUGCAGGCCAAGCUGGAGAGAGUGAACGAGGAGAAAGAGCGACUACUGGACCUGGCCAUGAAGCAGGGCAAAGCUCUGCAAGGUGUGCAACGGGAAAUGGAGCAGCUGGGGAAGAAGCUGGAGAUGGCCAAGAGACCAGGCAGAGAGCAGGAAAGCAUCUCGCGAAAGAGGCAGCAGCGGUGGAGAAUGAUCUGAAGGUCCAAGAGCUCCAACGACAGCUCCAAAGCAGCCAGCAGCCAUACGACAAACUCUAGCUGCAGUUCCGUGCGUACAGAAAGCACAGUACGGAGUUACUAAAGAAAAAGAGCUGAAUGUCAAACUGCGUCAUUUGAGUAUGUAACUGCAGCUUUCUCCUCCGUUCUCGUCUUGGCACGUGCCUUUACCGUAACACACCACCGCGUUCUGUUCCUUUCCGUGAGACCAUCUUCUGACUUCCCUGUAAUGUACUCGCCACCUUAAAUCCUCCUCAAAGGACUGUUCUCUGGCCUUGUCUUUUUGUUACACUUCUACAUAAGUAAGAGCUCUCUGCAUUGUUAAAUCUGAGUGGGGACUGUUGAACUAGUCAAACCUGUGGCUGAAAGAUUAGGGUGGAAAAUGUAAAAUAUGAAUUUGCUUUAUUCGGUCCUAGUCUGUGCCAUAUCACUGAUUUUCAUUUUUUACAGUUAAAAGCACAUUAUUUUCCAAGAUGGACCAAAGCUCCAACCCUUAGCCGUUUGCUUUUGAUUCUGCCGUGAAGUUCAGCAGAGGUUGGGCAUGGAAGAGGUGACACCGUGGCUCCAAGAAAGAAAUCCCACCUCGCAACGUCUGUCGUAAACAGUCAUGAUCAGCAGCUUAACAGGUCGGAACAGUCCUACCAUUACAACACCUGACGCUCAAGCAAAUUAUUGUGGAUAGCUUUCUAGUGGCCUUGUGCACUUGACCGUUGUUUUAGUCUUAUGUAAUGUCACAGCAUUAUUUAUAUCCCUGUUCAGCUCAAAGUCACCCAAAGACCUGUCCAUUUAUUUUAAUAGUCUUUGAAACAGGUUGUGGUUCUAGAGGUUCUGCCCGUUUAAGCGUUCUCUGGUUUUUAGCUAUUUCUUUUCUGGGGAGAAAAUAGCAGUGCUGCACAAAACGCAAGGGUGUACGUCUGGCAGGUUUUGACAAAAAAAUCUUCCCCUUUCCUGUCAGCGCUCUCUCUUGCCUCUCGCCCAGCCAAGGAGGAGGUGUUUGGAUGCCGAGUUUCAGCUCCUGCUCUUUAGUUCUCCAACAAAAAUCCACCAGAGAAUCACAGAAUCAUUUAGGUUGGAAAAGACCCUUGAGAUCAUCGAGUCCAACCAUCAACUCCACUCUACAAAGUUCUCCCCUACACCAUAUCCCCCAACACCACAUCUAAACGAGUCUUAUCACAUCCCGGGAUCGUGACUCCACCACCUCCCUGGGCAGCCUGUUCCAGUGUUUGACCACUGAAGAAUUUUUUCCUAAUGUCCAGCCUAAACCUCCCCUGCUGCAGCUUGAAGCCAUUCCCUCUUGUUCUAUCACUAAGUACCUGUGAGAAGAGACCAGCACCAACCUCUCUACAAUGAUGGGCCAAACGGCAUCCCCCACCUGGGCUGCAGGCAGCUGCCGCCAGAGCUCUCCAGGUUCUUUCCCGGUGAGCGUGUGUAUGCGAACCUCGUGUGUGUACAUGUACCUUGGGGUAACUCAACACUCAGGUACCGGUUUGGGUAGCUCUUGGUCCUGAGCAUCUACAAAGCAGCGGCACUGCAUCAAACCUGGUAUCUGUUGAGCCACGUGUCCAGAAAUGGGCAGAAGAUCCUCCAGCUUGUGACCAGUUCAUUUCAAGGACUUCGAAGUAAGUAGUGGCUCUCAACAGACUUGACCUCUGGACUUCUCUGGACUCUCCUUGAAUAAAGCCAGGUGAGAAGCACUGCUCCACUACCUGCUGUACGAUUAACCACAGCCUUCAAUUCGAUGCUGGCUCCUACAAGUGUCAUUCCACGCCACUUUUACGGACCACAUCCUCCCACUUUUCAGCCAUCUUUUCCCCCUGACGUGCCCACCCUGCGUGCACAUUUAAUUAAACUAAGUGCAGGCAUCUGCAGUGUAAACACCAACUGACCCAGGCUACAAACUAUGCCAAGGGUCUGAGAAGAAGGAACACCGUAGGACUUGAGUCGGCUGCUCUGUUUUAAUCAGUCAAUAUGCAGCAAGGAGUGCCUGUUUCCCUCCGGUGACUGCAAGAGUGCUUAAAAACUGGCACUCCAUAGUCUAAAUCUGGGCAGGAGCCACGCACUCACUGUGUGACAGAACAGCUUUGCGUGCCUCCAGCCCAGCCACUGCCAUGGUCUGGCAGGAAAGCUCCCAAGACACCACAGGCCCUGGGGACAACCCCCUUCCCUCCCCUCAGCCGUGUCUGUGAGUGAGAGACCCCCACACGCACCCUCCACACCCCCCAAUCCCCCUCACGCCCCUCAAACACAUCCCCCCUCAUCCCCUCCUCACGCCCCCCACUCUUGUGUGAAACGGGGCCAAGCGGUUUUGGCAGAAGAUAACCCCCCUUGCGUUCUAACACCCCUCACCCAGGUGGGGGGCCGGGUGCGGCUGGGUUUAAAUUCGGAGUGAUGCCCAAUCCAGCACUGUCAGUCCAAUGGCGUUUAAUAUGUA